AUGCUCGGGAAACUUGUCAGGAAAGUAACAACAGGUGAGAGUAAUUAUACAACCAAGCGAUGUGCUAAUGCCGAUAAAACACUGAGUAUCAGAGACACAUAUGUAGCAUGGGGAAAUCUAGCUAGACUGGGAAGGCUGCGCCCAUGGGCAUUUACUUUAUUGAUUAACUAUGUGAAUCCAUACAGUAAAUCCGUACAUUUUCGUGUAACUACAUUAGAAAGAGGGCUCUGUACUGCAGUGAUGAAAGAGCAAACGCGCACACAUAAUCCAUUCAACAGUAUUCACGCGGGGGCACUAUUCACAUUUGGCGAGACAGUAAGUGCAAUGGCUGUGUUUAGUCGGCUCGGAACAAAAAGUCGGGCGAUACCGACGGGUGCAAAUAUUGAGUACUUUAAGAAGGCACGAGGGCUUAUCACUGCAACAGCCGAGUUUAGUCCUGGUGAGCUUGCAGGAAGACAGGAGAAAACUUCAGAGUUAACCAUCGUAGAUUCAUAUUUGGAUACAGUCGCAAAGAUGAGUAUUCAAUGGGUUAUUGACACAAAGUGA